GAUCUGAUGUGAUGUGCAGGUCCUGGGUGGAGUGGGAGGAUAUUUGUUAUUCUAAGUAGUUCUCUGAAAAACAGCUGUACUGUCCCGCCCCAUCCCACUCACUCCGGGGAACCGCUGGAAGUCGUUUCACUUUUUCUAUAAGCCACAAAACAGUGUGAAUGAACUCGUCACUGGGUUUCUGCGAGCGCUUUCAGACUCUUGUGAAUCGAUGAGUGGCAGUUGUUGAGUUUCAGUGUGAAUCCUGACAGGGAUCCAGUGUGUGUGUGUGUGUGUGUGUGUGUGUGUGUGUCAUGAGUGUGUGGGCUCUGCUGCUGGUCUCUCUCCUGCUGUGGAUGUUCACACAGGCGCUGGAGAGAAUCGAGCUCAAAGAGGAUCAGGCGCUCACCUGUGGACAGGGUAUAAUUCACUGUGAAGUCAAAUCAGUUGGCCAUACUUGCAUUUGGGAUGACGAGUAUGUCUAUGUGAGCAGACUAGACACCUACUUUGUUCAUUGCCAAAAGCAGGAGAUCUGGAGCUUGUGCCUGAAGAUCCUGGUGAACGUCAUAGUCAGAGACGCAGGUCAAGCUGUUACAUCGGAUGGCAGUGGUGAGGAAGAGGAAAUGUAUGGAAGUGCCGAUGUUCAAGUGUGCUACACGUACCCUUCUAAGCGGCACACCACAACUGUCCAUUUCACUUUCCGUUCCUCAGCAUUUGAUCACAGCACUACACUGAAGGUGUGGAUGUCUUUAGUGGUGAAGAUACCAGAGGCAAAGCUCGGCAGUACUGUCACAGUCCAUUCUCCAUACACAAACUCCACUAAACAAAUUCCUUCAAAAGAGGAAGCGUGUUCAAAGGGUCUAGAUGCCAUCUUCUGUAAACCACCCAGGCUGCACAGAAAAACUGACCAUGUGACAGGAGCAAUAAAACUGUAUGCGGCCGAUGCAGAUAAAUGGAAAUCCCAAAAGUUUUACGCAUGCCAGAGGCUGGACAGGAAUGGGCGCUGUGUUAAGGUGGAAUGGAACAACGCUAGCCAUGAGUUUGAGAUUUCACUGAGCUCUGUCGCCCCCUGUCUGUGCUUUGAGAUAUGGGGGAACUUUCUUCGAACAGAGUAUUGUCCGUUUUUGAAUGAAACAGUCUCAGGCUCCAGCGUGUCAGUGUCUUUGGCAGAGACUGUAACUUAUCAUAAGCGGGCCGCUCUGGUCUGGAACCUCACCGCGCCCUGCAGGCUGGAGGCUGAGCUGUGGCUGUGUAGGAAGGGCUCAGGGCUGGACAGCAGCUGCCAUGCACUGAACUCCAGCUCUCAUGUCCACACCCACCAGAACGACAACUGGACCCAGACCGACCACAGACACUGGCGGUUUCAUGGAGAGUUUCUACAAGUGGAACGUCAUCCUUUAUUAUGUGUGCAGGUUAAAGUGGCGGGAAUGGAAGGUUACGUGGGACCAGUGUGUCCUUUUGAAGUGAAGAGGGCUCACUGGAGCUUCCCGCUGGUGCUGUGUGUGCUGCUGGUGUGCCUGUCAGUGCUGGGAGCCUAUGCAGUGCAGGAAACACUGAAGAGUUGGGUGUUCAGAUGGCUGAAGGUGGAUGAUGUGAACACUGCGGUGGCGGCUGGUGUGGAGCUGCUUCUGGUGUGUCCUCCUGAUGCAGACGCCACCGUCAUUCAGCUGCUGUGCCGUCUGUGCUCAAGUCUCUCCGCUCUCGGCUUCACCGUGUCUCUGGACUUGUGGAACCGCUCCGAGAUCAACGCGCUGGGUCCCGUGCCCUGGCUGCACUCCUGUCUGGAGCAGGUGCGGCGGCGCGGAGGCAAGGCGGUGAUGGUUCUGACCCCGGAGGCCUGCGAGCGGGCCAAGCGAUGGAGCUGUCGAGGAACGAAGCAGGAACCGGAAGAAGAAAAUGAGAUCAGUGUCCAAUCAUUGUCGUGCUCCGAGGUCUUCGAUGCAUUGCUGAGCUGCAUCCUGGGUGACUAUCUGCUGGGUCGUGCGGGAGAGCGGUUCGUGCUGGCGCAGUUUGACGGGCGGUGCACUGCCACGGCCCUGCCGGAGUUUUUUCGGGGACUGCCGUUUUUCAGCUUGCCUUCCCAGAGUCUGGACUUCAUAACGGAGCUCACACAGGGGGCUCGUACGGGAAGAAGAGUGUGUGAGCGGUGGGAACGAGCGGGGGCGUUGAGGGCAGCGUCACGGGCCAUAUCAGGGGCGCUCCGAGAGAUCACAGGAGGCACCGGACACACGUGUGCAACGCUCUCUGAGGACUCAGGGACGGAGAACGACUAUGAAACUGUCCCGCUACAGGCAGAACAGUCAAGCCUUGCUCUCGACACCGAAACAAGCACUGUAGGUUGGGUCUAAACUAGUCUUAGACAGACCUACGAGUAAACGGCAUGAGGUCUGGUCCAUGCCGAGCCUCAUUCUGGCCAGAAGCAAGAACCUUGUAAGGUACCUUUGCUCGCCAAAAUCAUUUCAAUGGGCAUUUCGUAUAAGGGGGAAAAGUUCCCCAUGCAGAUUUUGCUCACGUUCAGGUUGUUCACAUGGAUUCAUCGCCAACUUAAACCAACAAAAAAGCUGCUUGGUUUGGAAGUGACUUCUUUUGACACGAUUGAUAAUUCACCGCCCUGCGUUGUAUUUGCUGAAUGAAAUCCAAUACUUGUUUCUCACUAAUUUUGGGGUGCUGAUUCCAAAAAUAGUGCCUGUUUUGCAUAAGCACAUCACACUUUCUCACAAAAUAGUAUGUGCAUUUUGUUGCAUUUCUGCUUUCGACAACCAUUUGUAAGGUGAAGAAGGCUUGCAUUAUCGCAUAAUCACCAGAAAAACUGCCUCAAAGUCAUGAUUCCCAGCUUACAACUGUUUGUUAAAUUCUCAGCCGAUUUUCACGUUUGACGUUAUUUUUGAUUUCAGAGUUAGAAUUAUGGCCAGUGACAGAAGAAAAUGCAAACACGAACCCAGAUGUUUUCUGCGACAUCUCUGAGUGUUUACUACAUCCAAAAAGCGACAGACAAUUUUGUGAAAAAAUCUAAUUUAUAAAGUUUAUUUAUGUAAAUGUUUAUUUUUAUAGACAAUGGCGGUUUUUUGCUUGCAAAAUCUCACCUAAAUGUUGUGGCCACACCUUUAUACAUGUAAAUGAAUGUUGCUUGUUCAUCUAAAAUAGAUUGUUCAUAACAUUCACUGAUCAGAAGAGCUGUGAGAGUUUAGGUGGCGGUUUCAGAUAUGAACUCGAUCUGACACUGAUGUAAAGAUGUAUAUUGUAUGAUAUGGAAAUAUGCCUUAUCUCAAGCUCAGAAUAGAAGAAACACAAGGAAAACCACAACGGACCAGCUGAAGACAGACAUCUGCAUACCUACACAUGGAAUUCUGAAGGCAAAUGUAGGAGAAGGGCAAGAUGAGAGAAGUCACUUUCUUCUUUUGACUAGUGCACAAUAACAUUUCCAUGCCAUAAGCUGUGAAGGCACAAAGGCUAUAUCUGAGUAACUCAGAAGGUAAUAAGCUCUCUUAUAUAAGCUGUAACUGUAAGAUUUUCAGUCAGAUGUCCGGUUGCAUGAAUGAUUUAUCUUUUUUUCAAUAGCAAAGUUGUGUGUCUAUGCUGUAAAAAAUGUGACAACUUGCCCUUAAUUGUUUUUGUACACUAACAUUAAACAUAUUGUGAUUUUUUUUAAAUUAAUUAAA